GGAAAAGACAACGACUUUCAAUCCACACAGUACGAUACCAAAUACUUAGUCAGUGCUACUCAAAAGCGAGUCGACGCGUUCAGUCUUUAAACAACCGUCGAGAUGAAUAAACUUUAUUUAAUUUUUUCGUGUCUCAUCGCUGCCGAGGCAGUUCUUUCCCGCGCUGAGGUAGUCGUAGACCUGUACAACGAGAAGCUUAAAUUCUUCGACUCUUUCCUAUCACCAACUGGAAUCGAUGGCUUGAUUCUAUCGGCUGAGAACAUAUCUCUCGAAACAGUCCAGAGUCUGCGUCAUGCUUCGGUCCCGUACACGUCGCUGCGUGGUGAGAUCAUAUCCUGGUGCACAGAAGUCAACAACACUUACAUACCCGAAUCACUCGACCAGAGCUCUUCUCUACUCUACUUUGCGACGAAUGUGCGCGAGGAGUUGAAGCGGAUGAGAAGACACUUCGAUUCGAUAACGACGAAAGACGUACAGGGACAAAAUGUCGAGGACUACCAAGCAGUCAUCACGUUCGCAGACGGUGUUCGGAAAAUCGAAGUCGUCGAUGGCCGUACGCCGGAUAACAUAGAAGAGCUGUUGCUGCCGCUUCUAGAAAAAUCGAAAAGUAGAGUUAAUGUCACGGAGUACAUUACACUGACGACGUUCGAUGACAAAGUGAACCAGGCGAAAAGCAUAAUUGCCGAGGCCCUCGGAGUGAUCCAUAAUGCCAAGAAUGAUUUUUUCAAUAGAGAGGAGAUCGUUGAGAAGUGCAGACCUAUCCUGGAGAAGUGGGCUAGCCCUGCACGUACAUCCUCGACGCAAUAUACAAUUCCACCACCAACGAUCACGCCAUCGUCGAAGGACACUCUGAGAGCCUAUCCAAACACUUGCGAUGGAUAUCGUAAGACUAUGUGUGAAGCUAUUCUUUCAAAACCCACUAUGGAGCGAUUGGUGAAGUUGCACCGGAACGAUCGGUCCGUCGCUAACUUUUUCCAUGCAAUCGGUCACUCCGAUUCAUCGUCGAAAUGCAAAGACCGUUUGAAAUCGUUUAUAAGGAAUUCUUACAUGAGCUGGGCGUAUGAAGUAGACAAAAUAGGAAAUACGCAAUGUCUGAAAAUUUCCAUUUGUCUUAAUUCUGAUUCUGACAUAGCGGCCGAAGUUAUACCAUGGUGAACUGAUUAUUAUUUACAUUUCAUGAUUGUAAUAUUAUGCCUUACGUUCACAAAUAAAGCUCGCGAUUCUUGUGUUUCGUUGCACGC